AGGACUGCAGCAAGGUAUACAGGUGCACCGGCGCCUACUCUCUCAGCGUAGUUGCCCUUACGGAGGUGACGAUGGAUACGGCCGACGGGGAACUGAAGUCCGGCACGGGAUGAGCGAGUCUUGGACUUGGUGCCCUUAGCUUUACCUUUGCCUCGGCCAGACAUGAUGAUUUAUAUAUAACUAAACAGUGGUUGAGUUGAUUUAACGUCUGAAUGUUGUGAUGAGAUCACUUAGCUGUACUGACUUUGCCUUUCUAUUUAUUCUGCAUGCCGGAUCGAAACGUAAAAUUGCGUAAACAAUAGAUCUUUUGUUGUGUGUACAGCGCGUUUGCCGGUGCGCGGGGCGGUGACAAGCCGCAUCUGCAUAUUAGCGAAAAACAGCCAAUGGGAUGGCUUCCAUUCCGAUCCGGUCAGUAACAAUAGAGUUGUAAAUAAAAGCGUACUCGCAUCUCGAGUAUUUACAAUUUCUUUCUGAGAAUCAGAAAAUUAAGUUUCAUUUGAGCACUCGGGCCUGUUAACAAACAUCAUGCCUCCUAAAUCUGGUAAGAAACCCGAAGCAUCUAAAGGCAAGAAAAACGUCGUAGCUGGUGACAAAAAGAAGCGCAAAGGUCGUCGCAAGGAGAGCUACGCCAUCUACAUUUACAAAGUUCUGAAGCAAGUUCAUCCCGACACAGGAAUCUCCAGCAAAGCAAUGGGCAUCAUGAAUUCGUUCGUGAACGAUAUAUUCGAACGCAUCGCUGCAGAGUCGUCUCGACUAGCGCACUACAACAAGAAGUCCACAAUCAGCUCGCGAGAGAUUCAGACUGCAAUUCGCCUACUACUACCAGGGGAGCUUGCCAAACACGCCGUCAGCUCUACAAGAAGCUAGUGAGGCCUACCUUGUUGGUUUAUUUGAAGACACCAAUCUCUGCGCUAUUCACGCAAAACGAGUAACGAUCAUGCCGAAAGAUAUACAGCUCGCCCGCAGAAUCCGAGGAGAACGGGCUUAGACACACCCAAGCUCAUAAAUUACAAACGGCUCUUUUAAGAGCCACCACAUGA